AUGGAAGGACAAUCUCCGCUGUCGCUGGCCCUUCAGCACCUCGCUGCGAUGCAGGAGAGCACCACCACGCUGCAGCAGCAGCAGUCCCAGCUCCUCGCGGACAUUGCGGCGUCACAGCGGGACGAUCGUGCUCUCCUGCGGGAGCUGCUGCAACGCCCGGCUGCCCACGGCGCCGACCCGGAGCCCGGUCGAGGACGGUCUCCGCCCGUCGCCCUGCAGCGGAUGACCGCGGAAGAUUGUGGACCAGGGCAGGUGUGCUGGCGGUGUGGGCAGCCCGGCCACAUCAGAGCGGAGUGCCCGCUCAUGGAAGUGGGGCAAGUGGUUCGGGUUGCCGGGCCGCCGGCCCCCUUCCCCCAGUUCGGAAGGAACGUACCGUAUACCGUGGUGAGGCGGAGGUGCCGCAUCCCGACGCUGCUGGGGGGGGGGGCACAGAUGGCACCCAUGGAAGAUUUUCCCCUAGCACAGUCUCGGGAUGAGACCCUCCGCCACGCCUUUGACCAAGUGAUGGAAAUUGAUGGUUGUCCGGUUCACCCUAACACAGCACUCUCUCACCCCUACUUUGUUGUCGUUAAAGACCGUUUAUACAGACUCCAAAUUACUCGCCAAUGGCAAGGGCCCUUUGUGGUCACACGGCGAGUGGGGGAUGUUGACUAUGAGGUUGUGCGUUCUGACAGGGGUGGAGCAACACAGAUUUACCACCUUAACCUCCUCAAAGCCUGGAGGGAGGUGGCGUCUGUUUCUCUGGCCACCACGGUGAUUGAGAGAGAUGAGCUGGGACCGGAGGUGACUAAAUUAAACAGGUCGGCGCCGGUCCCCGUUGACGACCAUCUCUCGCCGGGCCAGAGAGCAGACGUGGCCUUGUUGCAGCGGCAGUUUGCCGACGUGUUCUCUCCCCUGCCGGGACGCACAAACCUCAUACACCACCACAUAGAAACUUCCCCGGGUGUGACAGUGCGUUCACGACCCUAUCGCCUGCCGGAACAUAAGAGGAAAACUGUUCAGGCAGAACUUCAGGCUAUGUUAGAGAUGGGAGUAAUAGAAGAGUCCAACAGUGACUGGUGUUGCCCCAUUGUUCUUGUUCGCAAGUCUGAUGGGUCAAUACGGUUCUGUGUGGACUACCGUAGAGUCAACGAGGUGUCCAAAUUCGAUGCCUAUCCAAUGCCCCGGGUCGACGAACUCCUGGAUCGGCUGGGCCCGGCUCGCUUUUUUACGACACUGGAUUUGACCAAGGGCUACUGGCAGAUUCCCUUGUCGCUAGAGUCCAGGGAAAAAACGGCCUUCUCCACUCCGUAUGGUUUGUACCAAUUUGUCACGCUUCCAUUUGGGUUGUUCGGGGCCCCAGCCACGUUCCAGCGCCUCAUGGACCGGGUGCUGCGGCCUCACUCUGCAUAUGCUGCGGCCUACUUGGAUGAUGUAAUUUUGUCAUUUUUAGUUCUGAUAUUAUUGCACUUGCAAGCUCAAAAACUGUAG